UUAUUUCCGCGACGUCACUGCUUACGUUCAAAUAGGUAAAAAAAUUCAACUUCGAUCAUUCUUUGUUCAGCUUUCCUGCUGCAUGCCGUCACGCAUUGGACUAGUAAACUAUCGGAUCACGCUCACGCGUGACCCAGCCCGGCGGCAACAUUCGACUAUAUCAAUACCGUCGCGAAUAGCACUGUUUAAGGCAAAAAAACAGAGUUCAAGAUCAACGGCGAUGAAGCCGACAGUGGUGCUGUAUCCAGUUGCCGGCAUGGGCCACGUGGUGCCCAUGGUCGAGUUGGCCAAGCUCUUCGCCCUCCACGAUUUCGCAGUCGCCGUCGUCCUCAUGCACUCGCCCACAAAGCACCCCUCCUUCGACCCCUUCGUCGCCCGAGUUUCCGCCUCCCACCCUUCCAUCUCCUUCCACCAGCUCCCGCCUCCGGCGGAGUCCGUCGAUGACCAUUCUGGUAAAUUAUUCUUUGACUCCAUCCGGGAGAACAAUCCCCAGUUCCUCCAAUUUCUCUCUUCCUACCGCCAGGAAUCCGACGUCCGCUCCGUCGUCCUCGACUUCUUCUGCACAGACGCGCUCGAAGUCACCGCCGAGCUCCGACUCCGAACACACUUCUUCUUUUCAUCCGGUGCCUCCGACCUCGCCGUGUUUAUCUACCUCCCGACCAUGAUCGCCGCAACGGACGUCAGCUUCGGAGACCUCGGCGACGCGCCGCUUCACUUCCCGGGGAUAUCCCCCAUCCCUGCCUCCCACAUGCCCGGUCAUUUGCUUAACCGCGAAAGCGUGAUGUUUGAGAAGAUCGUGCACGUGUGCGGACGCCUACCCGACGCAGACGCUAUUCUUAUCAACUCCUUCGACCUCCUCGAAUCAGAGGCCCUCGAGACUCUUCGAAGUGGCGCGUGCGUUCCGGGCCGUCGGAUGCCGAGUGUCUACUGCGUCGGUCCGUUGGUCGUCGACGCGAGAGGAGAUAUCGGAGAAAGAAAGGAGGAAAGGCCCGCGUGUUUGGAGUGGUUGGAUGCGCAGCCACGCGGCAGCGUGAUUUUCCUCUGUUUCGGUAGCAUGGGUUCGUUCUCGGUGGAUCAGCUAGAGCAGAUUGCUACUGGGUUAGAAAGGAGCGGGCAGCGGUUCCUGUGGGUAAUCCGGGCUCCUCCUAGUGGUGAGGGAGUAAAUUUGAUCCUGCCUCCGUCGGAGCCGGACUUGGAUGCUCUGCUGCCGGAGGGAUUCUUGGAGCGGACCAAGCAGAGGGGGAUGGUGGUGAAGUCGUGGGCGCCGCAGGUGGAGGUGUUGAAUCAUGCUGCGGUGGGGGGCUUCGUGACGCACUGCGGGUGGAACUCGGUUCUGGAGGCGAUCACCGCCGGGGUGGCGAUGGUGGCGUGGCCGCUGUACGCGGAGCAGCGAUUGAACAAGGUGUUUCUGGUGGAUCAGAUGAAGUUGGCGGUGGCGAUGGAGGGGUACGACAGAGAGAUGGUGACGGCGGACGAGGUGGAGACGAAGCUAAGGUGGGUGAUAGAAUCGAAGGGAGGGAAGGAAUUGAGGGAGCGGUCCGCGGCGAUGAAGGAAAAGGCGGCGGAGGCGAGGCGUGAAGGGGGGUUGUCUCAACUGGCUAUGCUGAAAGUUAUUGCUAGAGACCUUGAAGAGUACAAGUCAAAUUAGCUUUGACGACUGAGAUGAUAUCUUGGCGAUAUUCUCUUUUUCUUUUCCAAUUUUUUUAUAAUAUAUCCAUUAAUAGCAUUUAUAAACCUUUAUGUUUGUAUUAGUGUUCUUAAAACGGGUAUAAUAUAAGGGUAUCUCCUGGGUUUUAAAAUUAA